AUGCUGAGCCUCGAUUCCACUAAGCCCGAAGAUCAUCAGGUCUAUUGUCCCCGCAUAUGCUCUUCAUUCUCACUUUCACCUUCGGCAUCACAUAGGGAAUUGUCGUUUGCUAAAGAAGAUGAACUCUUAAUUGGACCAGACUCGGCUGACAAAACGGUCUCUCUUCAACCGAAGCAAAUCAUUAGCGCCGUUGAGUAUGAUUCAAAUGUUGCUCAUCCAGCUUGUGAUUCGCCAUUAUAUUCGCUUUUCACGAGUGAUAUGUUGCAAAACCGUAUGGGCAGUUUGCUCACAGUUCAAGCAUCAGAUCUCACUACGACAGACUUAAUAACAAAUGCGGAUGAUAAAAUAAGACGAAUCAAACCUGCGCUUAGCGACAUGACCGUUCACUCACCACGAGUGUUUAUGCCCUCAGAUCUGUUUUUAAUCGAGCAGAGAGACCUUCUUAAGGAUAUUGAUGAUCUGAGAACUGGCACAGCUGCGCUAGAACGUCUUCUUGCUAUAUUCUCUGAAUCUAUUACUGAUGCGAAAAAUCAUUCCGAAGAAGUAUUACGACCAUGCUAUCUUCAAGUUCGAGAACUGCAUACUGAAAUAGCUGAGGCCAGUGUGGAUAUCUCUAAUGUUUAUGCUGCCUUUUCAGAUUUAAGCAGGAGGUUUGAUAAACGCCGAGAACUUUUCAAUACAAUUCAUGAAGUGAGUAGAUAUCGAGUGGAACUGCGCAUAAUGUUCACCUUGCUACAUUUUAGGCUCCCACUUUUUCGUAUUAAAUUUAGUCGCCACAUGUUGUUUCAGAUGCCUUAA